CCGCUCCCUCCCCGGCGCGUUGCAGGUCAGGCUGCGGCAAGCGCGGCCCGGCGCCGCCCCACAAGAAGAAGGGGAAACCGGAGCAGCCGAAGUCCUGGGGUGCCUCCAGGAAGGACUGUGAAGCCCACGGGGGAAAGCCCUUGCCAGGUAUCACGGAGGAGGAUGUCCUGCUCUGGCUGAAGGACUUCGACCCUCAGCACCUCAAGAGAGGCCACCCUGCAUUCAAAAGCAACGUGCCUGUUGGCUUCAGCUGCACCGAGCAGGCACAGUGCACGGUCCAGCCACGCAGCGACUGCACCAGGAUCCUGGGCAACACCGACGAGGGGAAUGGCAUGAGGGGCACGGCCUGGCCAAGGAGCCAGCUGGAGAUGCCGGCUCUGGAGAAAGUUCCUGAGGAAGAGCUGGGGCUGAGCAGUGCAGGUGCUGAGGCCCGAUUCCUGCAACCGACUACUCCCCAUGCGGUGAAGCAUGAGCAGGUUCGAUACGCUGUUCCUAUGGAAAUGAGAGGCUCCUUCCUGGUGCUCAUGCUGCGGGAUUGCUACAAGGACCUGAGCUGGCUGGCUGUGAUAGCCAAGACCUACGGGGAUGUGGGGCUGCUGGUGACUGACUGCCUGCCGCAGACACCCUACUUCUGGGCCAUCCACCUCACAGAAGAGCGUCAUCUGCACAUGCAGCAGCUGUUCGGGGCCUUGGCACAAGCGGAGGAGCAGCAGCCCUACCUGGCCAAGCAGGAGGUGAAGCGCGGGACCCGCUGCCUGGCCCAGUGCGUCCUGGGGGCUGACAGCAGAGCCUGGAACAGGUGCUGGGUGCUGGAUAAGGUGGAGGACCUGGCUGUGGUUUUUUUUGUGGACUUUGGCUGCUCAGCCACCAUCCCAGUGAGCUCGCUGCGGCAGCUGGACAAGGAUUAUUUCUGGGCCAUCUGGCCAUUGGCGCAGCCCUUCAUGUUCCAGGAAGCGAUUCUGCCACCGAGAUGCAUCGUCCAACAGGUGCUGAGAGGGAAGGUUGUCGGCCCCUCUCCAACAGAGCCUCACAUCCUGCAGUUUGCUGUCUGCAUAGGGGACUAGGAGGCAUCUGUUCAAUCUGCAGUGAUUUCUAGUCUUCCAGGCAGGUGCAGCCUCUAGAAUGAGAGACCAGAGCCCUGGCACCAGGAGGGAGCUCUGGGUGUGUGGGGAACUUGCUGUAACUCAUGUUUUAUUUAAAAAAAUUAAAGUC